AUGGCUAGUCUGGGCCGACUUUCAGAAGAGGUAUCUGACUAUUUGGCCGAUCAGAUAAUCUCGGCCAAGACGAAGAAUCUGAAGAGCACCAUGUGCGCGGAGUUCUCGAACAUACUUCACCUACGUUCGAAGACUAUGAAUGCUGCGAAUUUUAAAAGCCUGACAAAUGAGACCCUAAAGUUCCGCCACACAUCUGUCAAGUGCUUGACACAGAUCGAAGGCCUCGAGGUAUCGUCAUCAAACUCAUAUGACGAGAAGCGGAAGAAGGCCAGGGUCGAACUGGAUCAGUUCCGUCGGGAGAAAACCGCUUCGGAAAAGUUCGUACUCAUCAAGAGGACUUGGUACGUGAUACAAGGUUCAGACAACGAGGCCCUGAAUCUUGUACUGGAAGUAAAAUUCUCGGACGAGAAUGCGAAACCGAUUGUGGGCUUGCCAAUCGUCAAGAUUGAUAAGACGAAGAUGAAGACUGUGCAGUUGCAAGCGAAGAUGUUGGCCUUGGAAGAAGACGCAGCGCUGGAAGCAUUGCGUUCUCGACAAGUUGACCGACAUCCAAACAAAGGGCCCGCUGAUAGCAAAGAGUCCAUUCGCAGCGCGCUAGUCGAGGUUCUGGACAGCCUCAUGGAAAUGACUCACUACAACCUAAAAAAGCGCUACAUGGACGAUUCCGCCGCAUUUUUGCGACAUUUGCUCUUCGAGCGUAGAACACUGAGAUCCAACAACGUUUUGAAGAUCCGGAAAAUCAUAUCACGGCUCCCAAAAGCAAGCCACCAGCACAAAGCAAAGAAAUCGGCUAAGAACGCAUCGGCAUGUGACAACUUGCACAAACUGUAUGUUGAAGAUUCGAGCAGUGAGUUUCGCAAGAAAUUCGAAGAACAAGACCGCAUCGCGAACUUGCGGGUUGCCGAAUCGCAGCAAACUGUGAACAAGCUCAGGCAAAAGUUCGUCGACCUUGAGCGGUCUCGUUCGGCCAUUAAAGCAGGGUACUCUAUUCACAAGCCAAAAAGCCAAGCCGAGGACCAAGCACAGGAGCUUGAGAAUGCUCUUACCGAAGUAGCUCGACUACAUCAAGCUGUUGAAGAGCAAUUUCAGACUAUUGAAGAGCUGGAGCAGCUGCUGAUGAGUACCGUAAGUUCCAAUAAGAAGAUUGUUUCUGGGGAGGUUCAGAGUCACCGUUGCAUGAGACUCAGAUGGCGCUUGCAAACGAGCACGUGGGAGAUCCUGCAGCACAGCCUUCUUUAG